UACACACACACAUGCAAAUGCUUGGAGGAGGAGGAAGAGAAAGAGAGGAACUAUCGUUGAUUCCCACCGUUUGCACCAGAGCGGAAGGAAAUGCAGUCAACCCGGCAAAUGGAAAAGAAAUCUUAAACGCAGAAGAGGAGCCCCGCAUUGGAGUCGUUUUCUUCUGAAGAAAAUAUAUAAAACGAGGCGGUCUUUCGGUGUCUUUGUGUCUGGGGGUUCGUGUGUUUUAUUAUCAACUGCUAUCAUUGCUUUGCAACCGUAUUUGGGUGCUGGAGAGACUCGGCACAUCUUCAGAGGAAGAGGGAAAAAAAAGUGAAGGAAGAAGCCAAGGAAAGGAACCCUGGGGAGCAGAGCACUCACCCACCCACCCACCAGCCCGUUGGCCGGUGUUUAGAUGAGAAUGUCAUUGGCGCAGAGGGUUUUAAUGACCUGGCUCUUCACCCUGCUCUUCCUCAUCGUGCUGGUGCUGAAGCUGGACGACAAGGCACACUGGAACUGGUUCCUCAUCUUCAUCCCGCUCUGGAUCUUCGACGCCAUCCUGCUGUUCAUGCUGAUCGUCAAGAUCGCAAGGAAAUGCAAGUCCGCCUACGACAGGAGCGGUGGCAAGCUGAAGAGGAAAGUCUGGUACCUGUGUGCCAUGCUGCUCAAGCUGGGCUUCCUGGUGGCUCUAUGCGCCAGGCUGGAGCACAUCACAGACACCAAGCUCACUUUUGUCUUCAUCCCCCUCUGGAUGUUACUGAUUGGAGCCAUGGUGGACAUAGGAUGCAAUACUUUCCCACGGGACCAGACGGAUUAAAAAAAUAAUAAUUUGUUCACUCAGUCCACAACUGUUUAU